CACGGACACUGGGAACCGAGAGAGAAGACACUGGGGGCUGGUGGGGGAGCAGGAUGCAUUCGCAGGACAUCACCCCCUCUUCUCCAGAUGAGAUGCGCGCGCGCAGUCUUACGGGGACCCUGCCCCACGUGCCUCUUCCCGAGCAGGAGCCCCAGCCCAAGCCAGCCUCGCACUCUGGGGUUCGCUUGUUCCCCUGGAGAUUGGAUCCCAAAUUUGUUUGGUCAAGAAAGGCACAGUCUCCGUGUUACAAAACAAACACCAAGGCCCCUACAGUGAUUCAGGGGCUCUUCGGGUCAAAUGACCCUUUCAGACUGGAUGGGACCAGCCCGGAGAUGGUGCAGUGCUGGCCGACUGCUGGAGUUACCGUGUCCCCAGAAGCUAGGAGCCUCCCAGCCUUCCCUGCACCAGGCCGACAGCGCACGGGGGACCCGCCACCAUGGGCUGGUGGAGAGGCCCGCCAGGACACGCUUCCACCCGCUCCACCGACGGUCUGGGGACAAGCCGGGACGACAAUUUGAUGGUAGCACUUUCGGAGCCAGUUACUCCCCACAGCCUCUGGAUGAGAGUUGGCCAAGGCAACAGCAUCCUUGGAAAGAAGAAAAGCACCCUGGGUUCAGGCUGACCUCUGCACUUAACAGGACCAAUUCUGAUUCCGCCCUUCACACAAGUGCCUUGAGCGCCAAGCCCCAGGACCCCUAUGGAGGAGGGGGCCAGUCGUCCUGGCCUGCCCCGUACAUGGGUUUGUGUGACGGUGAGAACGAUGUGCACGGGGAAGUGCUGUCUUUCCCUGGCCCAAUGAAAGAAGAGAAUCUGCUCAACGUCCCCAAGCCACUGCCCAAACAGCUGUGGGAGACCAAGGAGAUGCAGUCCCUGUCAGGGCGCCCUCGGUCCUGUGAUGUUGGAAGCGGCAGUGCCUUUCCACACAACGGUCAAAACAUAGGCCUCUCACCCUUCCUGGGGACCCUGAACACCGGGGGGUCACUGCCGGAUCUAACCAACCUCCACUAUUCCGUGCCUGUGCCAGUCUCGCUGGACACCAGUGACCACAUCUUCGGUAGUAUGACCAUGGGGAAUAGUGUGGGGAACCUGCCAGCCGCCAUGACUCACCUGGGCCUCAGAAGCUCUUCCGGCCUCCAGGGCUCUCGGAGCAACCCCUCCAUCCAGGCCGCGCUCAGCAAGACUGCACUUCCGUCCUCCGCCAACAGCCACCCGCAGACGGCCGCCCCCAGCGCCACGGCCCUGCACCCGUCCCUGCGGCUCUUUUCCCUCAGCAACCCGUCUCUCCCCACCGCGGCCCUGAGUGGCCCUGCGCGGCGGCGGCAGCCCCCGGUCAGUCCCCUGACCCUCUCCCCAGGCCCCGAGGCGCAGCAGGCUUUCUGCAGACAGCUGUCGGCCAGCAGCCCGCCAAACCCCUAUCCUGCCGCCCAGAUGGUGCCUUCAGAUCGGAGCUCGCUCUCCUUCCUGCCCACAGAAGCUCAAAGCCAGGUGUCCCCGCCGCCCCCUUACCCCACCCCCCAGGAGCUCCCCCAGCCCCUCCCGCAGCAGCCCGGCACCCAGGAGCCACCCACCCAGCAGCCCCAGGUGGCCCCCUCCCUGUCUCCCUCCGGCUUCCAGCUCCUCACCGCCCAGGGUUCACCUGUGACCAGCUUCUUCCCCGACGUGAGCUUUGACCAGCAGUCCAUGAGGCCAGGCCCGGCCUUUCCUCAGCAGGUGCCCCUGGAGGAACAGUGUCCGCGAGAACCACAGGACGCCUUCCACUUGAGACCAAACCUGUAUUCCAACUGCGAGAAUUUCCCGAACACCAUCCUGACAGAAGACUCGAGUACCAGCGUGUUCAAAGACCUCAGCAGUGCGCUGGCGGGCAUGCCCGAGGUCCGCCUGCACACGAACACUCCGUUUCCUCUGGAGGAAGAGCUCCAGAUCGAACCCCUGAGCCUGGACGGACUCAACAUGUUAAGUGACUCCAGCAUGGGCCUGCUCGACCCCUCUGUUGAAGAGACGUUUCGGGCCGACCGACUGUGAACAGAACAAACCAGGACCAGGAGAACUUCCCUCUGAAGGAGCCGAAAUAGGACGGCACAGAAUGGAGCCAGCUACCCCACCCGCCCACCGGCUUGAGUUAUCUCGGCCUUCUGACACUGAAGGAGCCAUUUCGUGACUCCUGCUUUGCGUCCCCUACGCAGUGGCCUGUUCUAGACCAGAGAACCAUGCACAGCCUCUCAGGCCUGCGGGCGGCGAGAGUUAUGCGCUGUAGGCCCGCUGCCCUGGAGCCUCCAACGACUCGGUCAUGACUGUGACCAGCACGUCUUUUUCUCCGCCCUCUAGUCAGUCCAUGUUUUGCAAGUAGAAAGAACCCUAUGACGGGGGCAGCGAUCGCCUGGUGCUGUGCCCAGAACCACUGAUGUCAGCCAACACUGAAGAAUGGCCCCGAGUGGAGGCGGCCAGGGGCCGAGGGCCUUCAGGAGCUGGCUCAGCUGAGCGACGGCCUCACAGCACCGUGAUGCCACCCCCCCUCGCCUUCUGGCCAGGCACCUGCCAGCAGGUGGCGGCUGGUCCCGGGGCGCAGCGGAGGGCCAUGAUCUCCGAGAUGCCUUCACUCCAAUAUGAAGAAUUCUUCCCACGAUUUCAAGCACGAACCUGAGUUUCGCAAACCGAACACUCAUUUGUCUUCUCCAAGUAUGUAAUCUCCUUUCUGCUGCUUCAGGACACCUUUUCCUGUGGACAAGGUGGGAGAGGGAGGACUAUUUCAUUCAGUCACUGAAAACAAACAAAAGUCCCCUGGUAAUGGACGAGUCUGAGAAGAGGAGAGUGCUUCCUCUUGGCAGCUGGAGCAGAAAGCAAGGAGGGCAAGACACGUGAUGAUGUCUUCCACAGGAGCUCCAGACAGGUGCCGGCCUCCCCCUCUGUAGACCAGCGGGAGGGAGCUGCUGGAGGUCUGAGCAGUAGGGGUGGGGGGUGGGGGGGCUUCUCUGUGCCGAGGGAGUGUGAAUGUAGCCCCGCUAGGCCACUAGGCCGUAAGCUCCCCGAGCGCAGGGACCAUCGUGCCUUAUUCGUUACCAGACCCUAGUUCCUCACAAGGGCCACCACUCCUUAGGGGCCGCGUCCCUGUGCAUUGAAUGCACGAACGAAGGAGCAGAGGAGCGAGUGAAGCGCCACGCUGCGAGGCAGCCUGAUCGCAUGUCCCGCUUCCCUGCCAAACCUCCGAGCUGUGGCUUUGUUGGGAACACUUGUGCCUGUUGAGCGUGCACUUUAAUAUGCUUUUAACACUAGGUGACCAAAUCCACGAUGAGACCGGGCACCCCGAUCUCCUCGAGGGUGUGCGCCCCAGCAGGUGGGCAGCGCCUGUCUUCUGAGCGCCACCGGAACUGUGGCCUUCCAAGCACUGGGGCCUCGGGGAGCCCCCCACCUCCAAAGAUCCUUUCAGAUGCAUGUUGCUUUCAAAAAAGACAUUCUUUUGAGAUCGAAGAAACAGUCUGCAGUAGAAGGAAGGCCUAAAUCAUGAAGCAAUCGUUAGUCAUUAGUACCUUAGCAUAAAGUAGUGUUAGUAGGUUUUCACCACUGCCGGCCUCCUGACCUAGCCCCUGGCCACACACCUGACGGGUAGGUUUGAACAGCACCUCUGGGGACAGGCCUGGGUAAUGGGGCAGAACGUGGGCACUGCAAGAGGGGACGGGCGGAGAUGAGCCCUGAAGGAGAGAUGAAAGACGCUGGAACUUUUGCCAGGACAGCCAUGGCCCUGCCAGGAGACGCCCACAGAGUCACUGAAGGUCGCCGGACUGCUCUCCACAGCAGCAAGGCGGCCCCGCGCCUCAGGACGAGCGGAGUCUGUAAUGGGAUCCGGCCUGUUAACCUCCGCAGACCUCAUCCCAUUUCUGUUCCCAGAGGGAUCACCUCACCCGCAGUCUUUCAAAUAACCCUGACGGCACCUUAGCUCUGCAUCCUGCCAUUGAAUUAGGAAGUGCCCCCAAGGUCUUUGCCGGAGCUCCAAGCCCCCUUCCCACUUGCACACUGAGGACCUCAGGAGGGGGUGACACUUUGUGAAAGCAGAAGCCCUUUCCCUCGAUGCCAUGCCACCGAGUUCCCAGCGAGCCAGAGAAGCCAGCUCCGUGCUGCCUGCCCUGUGCCAGAGGUCCCCCGAAAUCUGACCUGGCCGCUCUGACGGGGAUCGUAGAUCAGUGCCCAUGCUAGGAGUUUGGGGUUUUUUUUUAGGUACCAGCAUAACCCACUCUUUGUGCAGUGCCUUACCCGUGGGGCUGGGGGCCCUAGCCCUCUGUCUGCAAGGCAGUCCUGCCUUCUAGCGGGAUGCCUGGGAUGCCCGGGCCCCUCAUGGUGCCUAUCUGCCAUCCCUGGGGCAUUUUCCCUAUAACUGGUGCAGAGGUUCCCAGGAAAAGUGACUUGUCUGGAGGAGCAUAAUGAUGACAAGGUUUAGCACUGAACUAAAUUUGUCCUUCAGUCCACCAGCCCAGUCUUUUCCCAUGAAAAGGUUUCGGGCAUUAUACAAUCCACCUUGCUUAGCCAGUCUCAAGGACACCCACGGACAGGUGUCCCUCUGACCUUCAGCACCUCUGACCUUCAGCGCGUAAGCCUGCACUCACCGCUGCCUUUCCAACAAACCAGGCCAGGCCCUCGGCAUCUGAAGCGGCUGCCUACGUCAGAGUGAACUAUCUUCCGAUAUUUAGUCUCGUUACAGGAAACCGACGGCUGUACUACUAUUCUCAUUUAUUAGCAGUUAAACAGCAUAGAGCUAAAACCCUGUCUGUGUUCCAUUUUUUUUCCUUUCCAUUAUGGUUGUGGUUUUUAGGACACACGGUGUUAGGAGAAACAUUUUGAUCACGUCAAGACCAACCUGAACUCUCCUUUGUCCGGUCUCACGUCCCCUGAGUCUACUGUACCUUAGCCGAGCUGAAGCCUGCGCGCCAGCCAUCCGCACAUCCGGAGGCCUCCCCGGCUCUGCCUCCCGCUGGCUCUGUCACGCGGAGACGGUCCGUGGCUUGGCGGAGGAUCCCUCACAGCAACUAAUCUGACUUCCUGCCAGUGUCCUAACUCCCAGGUCCCUUGUUAAACAAUAUUUAAAGAUUGAAAUUUGUAUAAAGUAGCUUCCAAGUUUUAUAAUACGUCGUUUUACAUCUUUCGUAAUUAAAAGCAGCACAAUAAGGUUGUA